AUGCACAUCUCAACUCUCCUCGCGACCAUCUUCUUCAUUAUCGCUGCCCUCGCAACGCCCUACCCUUGGGCCGCACCACAAGCCAGUAUCGUCCCUACUCCAAGCGGUACGCGAAAGCACAACCGCACACAUAGGAACAGGCAUAAGGAGCCAACGCCCACGUUCAAGGAAGGAUGCGAGUGCGCCAUGCCGAUUGUGCCGAUGAACCUGCUCAGCGCGAACGAGAAGUGCUUGAUGAAACAAGCUGCGGCUAUGGGUUGCUAUAUGAGCUCCAAGGGUGGAUGUCCGUCACCAGCACCUGCUUGCGGACUCGGACCGCUAUCAGGUGUGCCUAUGAUCUAG